AUGGUGGAUCAGACUGCUAAGGCAUGUGCGACCUGGAUCAAAUCAGAGGUGGAGAGGUGGGCUGAGCAAGAACAGAAAUGGAGAGCCAGCGUUCAGCAACGACUACAAAAUGGAGAACGGAUUGGUAAAGAGCUCAGUCCAUGGAUGAAGGGUAUUAUGGAUGAAUGUGCGGUCAUUGCUGCCAAAUCAGCUAAAUUAUAG